AUGGCAUCCCCUCUCAGUCUCCGCGGUCGAGGACGAGGACGAGGGGUUGGAGGGCCCGUGCGGGGUGGCGCGCCCCUGCGAGGUGGACCUCCCACAAAUGGGACCUCACAGAUCGCGUCGCACGUCGAAGCUAUUGGAGUCAAGAGGCCUGGCUUUGGUGUACAGGGCAAGGUGAUCGAGGUCAACACGAAUCAUUUUGCGUGUUCGAUUCCGGAAGCUACGAUUCACCAUUACGACGUCAUCUCCCCUUCCGAGAAGGUUCUACCCGCCGCUCUCAAUUUCGAGAUCAUCAAAACUUUGCAGACCGUCAUCGCCCCGAACGUAUUCACUCCCCACGGUGUCUACGAUGGCCGCAAGAACAUGUUCUCGACUAGCAGAUUCUCGUUUGGGGCCACUGGGGAGUUCGCAGUGUGUCUCGCCACUCGGACUGCUCAGCCACCCCCGUCCACGGGAGGCAAGGGCCCAACUGUUUACAAGAUCAGGCUCACCCAUGUCGCCGAGAUCAACCCAGAGACGUUGUCGCGCUUCCUUCGUGGUCAGCAAACGCACGACAACGAUGUUCUCACUGCUAUCACGGCCUUGAACGUCGCGGUGCGCAUGGAGCCGAACCUCACGUAUCCGUUCAAUAUCCGGUCCUUCUACACUCCGGACGAGACGCGAGACAUUGGUGGUGGUAUCAUUCUUUGGAGAGGGUACUUCCAGUCGGUUCGCCCGUCGAUCGGCAGGAUGCUCAUCAACGUCGAUAUAAGUACGGGCGCUUUCUAUGCAGCCGGGUCAUUUCUAGCCCUUUGCGUCGAGUCCUACAAACAGGACGGACGACCGAACGACCUUUCCCCGAGACACAACCAACAAUUUACUGAUCGCAAUCGGUUGCAGCUCCAGCGGUUCGUCACAGGCAUAAAGAUCACCACCAAGUACGGCAAACCCGGAGGCCCGUCUCGAAUGGUCCGCAAACUCUCGCGCGAUGGUGCAAAUGAUAUGAAGUUCAUGAGCAGUGAUGGAGAAAUGACGGUUGCUGCGUACUUUAAGAAACUCCUCAAUCGGCCUCUUCAGUACCCCGAUGUCGUAUGCGCUGAGUUGAGCUCUGGCGCGCUCAUCCCGCUGGAGUUGUGUGAUGUCCCUCCCGGUCAGAUCAUCAAGAAACAAAUUCCUGCCUCCAAGACAAAGAGUGUCUUGGAGUUCGCAACCCAACGUCCUCAGCAACGCUUGCAGAGCAUCAGCAACGGGCUUGGGGUCCUUGCCUACGGCCAAUCCGAAUACGUUCGCCAGUUCGGUAUGACGGUGACCCCGCAGAUCGAGUCCAUCAAGGCUCGCGUUCUUCAGCCUCCAAGGCUCAAGUAUGGUGAAAAGAGCAAGCAACCCUUGAUCACACCAAAUAACGGUGGUUGGAACAUGAUAGACAAGAAGGUGUACAAGCCUGGGGUUGUAGUCGAUCGUUGGGUGGUAGUCAUCUACGAGAGGGAGCAAAGAUUCAAUAUGCAGGCCGUAGAGGACAUGAUUGCUGGCUUCACCUCCGCGUGCAAUGCUUUGGGGGUGUUCAUGGCCAAGCGGCCCGUUGAUAUCAGGUAUUGUCCUGCUCUUCAGGUUACGGAACAGGUUCAGGCUCUCAAAGCCUCGGGGGCGGCCUGUUUCCAGAAGACUAAGCAGCAUCCUCAGCUCAUAAUUGUCGUAUUGCCCGAGGUAGGCAACGACAUAUACACUGCCGUCAAACACUUUGGAGAUAUCUCGGCUGGCGUAGCCACGCAGUGUAUGAAGAGUGCGAAGUGCUUCCGGGCAAAUCAUCAGUACUACAGCAACGUGAUCCUCAAGUUGAAUGCCAAGCUCGGGGGCAUCAACACCAUUCCUGACCCUCGGUCGGUUGUCGACCUUUCCGACCCUAACAUGCCCACCAUCGUGAUGGGUGUCGAUGCUAUGCACCCCGCUCCUGGCUCGGACGGUCGACCGUCGUUCACCGCAGUGGUCGGAAACAUCGACAGUGACACAGCCAAGUACGUGGCGACCAUCGACGUUCAGGCUUCGCGUGAGGAGAUCGUCCUGUCCAUGCAGAGGAUGGUAAAGGAAAUUUUGGAAAAGUACAUGGCGUACCGCAAGGUCGUUGAGAAGAAAGCCAACCCUGCUCCGAAGCGAAUUAUUCUCUACCGCGACGGAGUCUCAGAGGGACAGUUCAAACAUGUCCUCGACCGCGAGCUCCCCCUCAUCAAAGCUGCUUGCGCGGAGCUCAAGAUCAACCCCAAGAUCACGAUUGUCGUCGUCGGCAAGCGCCACCAUGUCAGGUUCUUCCCGAAGAACCCGGCUGAUGGCGACAAGAGUGGGAACUGCCCUGCUGGGCUUGUAGUGGACCAGGCGGUCACCAACCCUGUCGAGUUCGAUUUCUACCUUCAGUCGCACGGCGGUCUGUUGGGUACGAGCAGGCCAUCGCACUACAACGUCCUUCAUGAUGAGAACAAUUUCACUGCCGACGGUAUUCAGUCCCUGAGUUUUGCCCUCUGCCAUGUCUAUGCGAGGGCGACCCGUUCCGUGUCUAUUCCGGCACCCGUCUACUACGCCGACAUCGUUUGCUCUCGCGCGAAGCACCACUACGAUCCUCAGCAGGGUUUGGACUUCUCCGGUGGGUCCGACUCGCUGGGGGACAUCGACCAGCAGAACUCGAUGGUCCAGCAAUACCGUGCGGCAUUCAAGCCGUUGCAUGCAAACACGGGCAAGGUCAUGUACUUCUGUUGA